CCUGUUGUGAAUUCUGGGGACAGGUAAAUUCAGUGGCCUACCCAAGUCUGGGCUCUAGGUCUGAACCCCCAAGAACCUGAGGGUGCACCGGGAAGAGAAAGGCUGACAACUGGACCCAGGGAAUGUCAAGGCUACCCUAGGCUUGGAGGGACUGCUAUGCCUCCAAGCCCUGCCCAGCGAGGGGGUUCCGAAGGGAGUCUAGGAUGCUGCCUGGUUCCAGGUGAUCUAAUCUAUUGCUUUCUCGAGUUUAAAGUUCAGAGGAUCAUGAAGUCCCACAGCUGGAAGGGGUGUUACUGACACUGCCUAGCCCAACUCUCUUAAAAAGAGGCCUACUCCUGACUCCCCAAUCCGAUAAGAAAGUCAUAGGCUCUGACUGCUCCUUAAUUCUUAGUAGCAAUACUCUGUCCAGUUUUGCAGGGUGGCCGUCGUCAGUUCCAUUGCUUUUGUAACAGGUGGCCAGAAAGCUUGGGGUCCCGUGAUAAGCGUUUCAGUUCUUUCCAGGAUGGUUGGAAAGAAGGAAGGAAGGAUGAACGAAUGAGUGGGUGAGCGGAUGGAUGGGUAGACGGAUGGACAGACGGAUCGACAGAUGGAUGGAUGGAUGGGCCAGAGACUGGGAACUGUAAUCUCGAUCCGCGGGUCCGAGCCUCUCGGGAACCCCAGCCCUCCUCCCACCGCUUCUGCGCCCGGGUCGACUGCGAGGGAGCGGGGGCCCUGGGGCGGCGAGGGUGCGGGGAGGUGAGGACCGGGCGGUGGGGAGCGGAGGGGAGGGAGGGCUUUGGAGGCGGAGAGGAGGGACGGGCGGAGAGAGGGCCUGGUCGAGGGGCGGCGGGUGCUGCGGGAGCUCGGCGCGGCUGCAGCUCGGGCGGGCGCGGGUACACGAUGUAGCCGCCGCCGCCUCUUCGCGGGCCGGGGCUGAGCCGCCGCCAGAGUCGCCCGAACGGCCGCCUGGCGCUCCCGAGGCGCGGUAGGAUGGGCUGCGGCGGGAGCCGGGCGGAUGCUAUCGAGCCCCGCUACUACGAGAGCUGGACCCGGGAGACCGAAUCCACCUGGCUCACCUACACGGACUCGGACGCGCCGCCCAGCGCCGCCGCCCCGGACAGCGUUCCCGAGACGGGCGGCCUGCACGCGGGUGUGUUGGAAGAUGGACUGUCCUCCAAUGGUGUGCCCCGAUCUACAGCCCCAGGUGGAAUACCCAACCCAGAGAAGAAGACAAACUGUGAGACCCAGUGCCCAAAUCCCCAGAGCCUCUCCUCAGGCCCUCUGACCCAGAAACAGAAUGGCCUUCGGACCACAGAGGCUAAAAGAGAUGCUAAGAGAAUGUCCUCAAAAGAAGUCACCAUUAAUGUAACAGACAGCAUCCAACAUAUGGACAAAAGUCGAAGAAUCACAAAGAACUGUGUCAACUAGCAGAGAGUGCAAGCAGAAGGGCAGCUGGACUUCUUCAGUGUCCUUCACAGUACUACAUCCCAUCAAAGAACCUUGAAGAAGUGUCUUCCCCUUGCUGCACAUGAAUGCUACUGAGUCCCUGGCAAGACUGUCUUACCUGGCAGCAAAGUGCUACCUGAUUUGUGGGACCUUCUGAGCCUCCUACUCAUCAUAUAAAUGUAUUGGUACAGUGCUCGCCUAUGUUAAUAAACUGCAAAUGUGCAGUUCAGUUUGCCUCUCUGCAACUCCUGUAAUAGGGUCUGGUGUAAAAGUAGUGAGUUAAAGCUACAGGUCAGUUUGUGAAACAGAAAAGUAGGAAUGCUUAAAGAGUCACACCUCAGUGCUGAACUCUCCUGGCGAUGAUAGUGUGUUCUGUUUCAGGCAAACUUAUUCUUUCCUUCUUUCAUUUUAAAUAUUAUCAUUACAAAUCUUAUCAGGUUCACUUAAAAGCUGGCUUUCAUCCAACUCUAAACCCACAUAUUGAAGGUACAGGAAAACUCCUUGUUAUCCUUGUUUCCUUAGGUUGGUAUGAGACAGAUCAGAUCCAGUUUCCCAUGCACCAACCCACUGCCCAUGGCAUGUCUUUGGGAGGUGUCUGUGAAGCAGUCAUACCUGUUUCUCAUCUGCCUGGAAAGUCCUUAAUGUCACCAUGCUUGUGGCCAAUGUAUCCAAAUAAGGACACCCCUGAGGGCUCAGCCAGACAUUGCAAUUUUUCAUAGCUUUCCAGUUCCCUUUGCUUGUCUUCUUGAAUGCCUUCCCUCUCCAUUGGGGUCAUUUGCAAUUGUGACUCAAAGACUGAAUACUGAGUAGGAGAGGGAGAUGAUUCAGAGACAUGUGGCAGCAUGCAUGGCUUCCCCUUGGCCUCUCUGUACACAGCUCCAGGUCUGUCAUUUUGGCAUCUGCAAAGGAAUCACUUUAGAAAGCCAGCACCUGGUUUAUGUGUAUUUACUCUGACAUUAGAUUGAUGUGCACUGCAUUAGAAAUGAGGCUGACACAGAAAAAGGAUGUUUUGAUAGGAAUAGUUUUCUCAUAUGUCUUGAAACAUGUUCAUCUAGAAGGAUUUUCCUGCAAAGUAAUGUAGCAUGAUUUUUCAAGGACUGUUAACAUGCCUGGGAUUGGGAAAGAUAGGACUAAAAUUGUACCAAACUAUACCAAUAAAUUCCAUAUUUAGCAGAAAUAGGCAGCCUAAUGGUGUUAUAUUUAUAUAACAUAGUCCAGAGAACUGAUAUGCAGGUCAAAGGUCAGGUACUCAACCUCCUUAUCUGCUAACUCUGUUAUUCUUCAAACCCAAAUGGUUAGUGUCAUUGUUCCUUCUUUCCUUCCAUUGGCAGACUGUAUAUUUAUUUACUAAAUAUUGAAUGUCCAUCCUGUGCCAGGUACUAUGCAGAUGUUGACAGAUUUGGGGUCUUGUUAGUCAUGACUGUCUAUCCUGAAUCCAACAGUGACUUCAUAACCAGGAGACUGAAUUAGACCCUAAGAUAUCUUGUGUGUUGCAAAUUGCUCUGCAAUGAAAUCUUUUAUAUCCAGGGUAGGUUUGUGUCUUAACCAGGCGUUCUAAUCACUGUACAAGACUCUAUCAUACACAAAAUUAUAGUUUUUCUAAACCUUUACCAUUUUGUGAUUCUUUGAGAAAGGGCUUUUAGGGAACUUCAUGUUCUAAAAAAUGUUUUUAAUAAUAAUAAAAUAAAAGCAAAACCUGUGACUCAUAUUUCCCCACUGGCAUUACUCAGCAGGAGCCCCCAGCUGCUGAAGGUUGGCAGUGACCCUGCAACUUCAAGGGCUCUUUCUCCCAGGGGAUGUGCUUUGUGGGUUCUCUUUACUGCUUUGUUUCUACAUCCAUUCACUGCUGCAUGUUGUUUGGAAUUUAUCACCUUAAAAAAGUGUCUCUGUUUUAUAUAGAAACACUUUCUCACUUCCAGGGGAAAAGGAAAUGCAGGACAUUUAAUCCGGCCUUCCCCAGAACAAUCUGGAUUUCACAGAGACAGCAACCAGAAGUUAAACCAUGUGACUAAAAAUGCAUCUGGCUACUUUCUCAAGUGUGUAUGAGACAGAAACUGAUUCUUACUAUCCUAUUAGGAUGACACUUUUCAUUGCAAAGUUUGUGUCAAUAAAGUCGCUAAUUUUAAACAUA